UGGGCGGGGCUUGACCUGUCUAUGGUUCAGAGAGUCAACAGAAGCCAAAGAGUGAAAAUCAGUGGAGAACUACGGAGGAUUUUAACCGUAAAAACACUAUUUAUCCUCAGAUCUUCCUUCAGUCUGAUGGGUUCAACGUCUCCGACAUCAGAUCUCCAUCUUUAGCAUCAUGGCUGAGGAGACGCCCGAGAAGCACUGCUGGGUUUGUUUCGCCACUGAGAGGGACGACCACAGUGCAGAGUGGGUGAGUCCCUGCAGGUGUAAAGGCUGCACCAAGUGGAUCCACCAGGCCUGUCUGCAGCGCUGGCUGGACGAGAAGCAGAAAGGAAACAGUGGAGGCUCGGUGAGCUGCCCUCAGUGUGGAACCGAGUACCACAUCGUCUUCCCCAAGAUGGGUCCGGUGGUCUACUUCCUGCAGCAGGUGGACCGAGCUCUGUCCAGGAUCAGCCCCUUUGCUGCCGUCGGCGUCGUGGUCGGGACGGUUUACUGGUCAGCCGUGACGUACGGAGCUGUGACGGUCAUGCAGGUGGUGGGACAUAAGAAGGGGCUGUACGUGAUGGAGCGAGCCGACCCUCUGUUCCUCCUCAUGGGUCUGCCCACCAUCCCGGUGCUUCUGGUUCUGGGGAAGAUGAUCCGCUGGGAGGACUACCUGGUCCGGCUGUGGCACAGAUACUCGUACAAACGAAAGCUUCCGCCAGGCAGCAGCCGCUACCUUCCCCGGGUCCCGGUAGAAGGACCCCACUCUGGAGAUCAUCGGCCGGUGUCCAGGACUCUGUGUGGAGCUUUAAUCUUUCCCUCCAUCGCCAGCGUGGUGGGGCGGCUGCUGUUCAGAAAGACGUCCUCCAGCCUGCAGAGAACCGUCCUGGGCGGCAUCGCGUUCGUUCUGAUCAAAGGCGUGCUGAAGGUUUACUUCAAGCAGCAGCAGUACGUCAGUCAGGCCAACAGACAGAUCCUAAACUACCCGGAGAGGAGCGGCGGCGGACAAACGGACGGCAGCGACGACACCGAGGACAGCGGCAACGAGUGACCGUCAGUUAGAAAGAAAAAACGGGAACCUGCAGGGAAAUAAGUGAAGCUGAAACUCUGAGAGCUGAAGAGAAGCUGCAGGACGACCUGAAACCUGAGGAGCAGCACUAGAAGGUAGAAACACUGGAGCUCCUGCAGCCUGAAACUCUUCAAACACCAGCUGAUGCCUUACAUUUGAAUUCAGCCCAAAAACCACUGAAUUCUCCUCAUUUAGACACAAACUGAAGCUUUUCCUCAGAAAACAGCCGAGUCUGGAGCUGAACGCCGUCUUUCCAUAAAAAUGUUCAAACUUUCUCUUUUCUCUCACGUUGAAGUCCAGUCUUUCUGUUUUCGUUCAUUUUCACACAACUUCAGGUCGUUUUUCACUAAUUAUUGAAACAAGAAAAUCCAGACGCAAAACAAAAACACACAUAAUAAGGAAAUGAGACAAAACACGACUCAGAACGUCACAAACCAGAAAGACGAGACGCAAAGCAGAGAAAGGGAGACGCAGAAUGAUGAAAACGACAACCAAAACGAGAAAAAAAUGCACAGAAGCAACACAAAUCUGAUGCAAAAUGACAGAAGGGAGAUGAGAAAUGACCAAGAUGAGCAACACAAAAUAGAAACAAAGCAAUAAAAAAACCACACAAAACAAGGAACAAAGAAAAAAUGAGGUGUGUAGCCCUACCAAAGUGACCCCUGAGGAAAAAAACGUUCCAAAGACGAAUGAAACGACACAAAACUGUUGAAAAAAUGACAAAAGGGGCACAAAAAUGACAAAGAUAAGCAUAAAAUAUCAAAAACACAAACAAAACUCAAAAAACAAGACAGAAAAUGACAAAAACUGACUCCAGAUCAAUUUUCCGUCCAUCCAGGAGUCACAAUCUGAUGAAUAAAUCUGUUUUUAGUUCAUUUUUUCUGCCACAAAUAGACAAAAACUGUCCCAAAGACGCACAAAAUGAUCCAAACGGACUAAAUCCAGACACAAAGCAGAAAAAACAAAAGACAAAAUUUCACAAGAAAGACGAGACACAAAAGAGGAAAAGGGAAACGCAGAAAAAAUGACAAACAAAAUGACAAAAAAACAACACAGAUCUGAUGCAAAAUGACAGAAGAGACGAAAAAUGACAAAGAUGAGCAGAAAACAACAAAAACGAGACACAAAAUGCCGAAAUCUAGACACAAAUUAUAAAGAAAGAGGCACAGAACAACACAAAUGAGAUAUGAAACAGAAAAAGAGACGCAAAAUGACAAAAGCGACAGACAAAAUGACGACAAUGAGAGAAAAAAAUGUCUUAAAAACACAAAAUGACACAAAUCUGAUGCAAAAUUACAGAAUGGAGAAAAAAAUGAUAAAUACGAACAGAAAACAACAAAAGAUGGACAAAAAACAAGACAAAAAGAAACAAAACAUGGAAAAGAGAGAUGCAACGUGACAAAAACGACACAAAACUGACGUGAAAUGACAGAAGGGAGACAAAAAAUGACAAAGAUGAGGACAAAACAACAAAAACCAGACUGAAAAUAAAUCAAAACGAGACACAAAAUGCCAAAAUCUGGACUCAAAGCAUAAAAAAGGAGACAGAAUGAGAAAGACGAGACAAAAAACAGACAGAGACAGACCCAAAAUGACAAAAACAACAAACAGAAUGACCAAAACAACACAAAACGGACAUAAUAGGACAAAAGGGAGACAGAAAAAGGACAAAUAUGAGGGAAAAUGACUAAAACAAGUUUCAUUUCCAUCCUGUUUCUCCUAAAAAACGUCUGAAUUUAAAGUUUCUGCCUCAGAAUUGAAGAGAAACACCAACAAAGAAAUCUGCUUUUUGUCACUAAAAUGUUUAAAAUUAAGGUUUGAGUUCAGAUUAAAGCAAAACAAUAAGCGGAGACGAUCGUUGAGUUUAAUUUUUAAAUCUGAAUUCUCUGAAGUAAUGUUUAGAAUCGACGCUAAAAACUUCCAGAUUUUGUGAUUGAUUUUUUUAUUUGUGCUCAUCUGAAGCCAAACUCUGGUUUAUGGAGGAUUUUAGGGGAAAAUGUUGUUUGAUGAAUUUAAUAAAGGAAAGUUUUUAUUUCUGGGAUCCAGCUGCAGUAAAUGUUUGUUUAAAGGAUCUAAUUUAUUCUGUGAUGAUUUGUUAAAUAAAGAUCUUUAGAAACCAC